UUCACAAGGACGGGAGGAGGGAGAGGGUGGCGUGUGAGGUUCUGCGGGCGGGGAGUGCGAGUAAUUUGUUUUUUUCUCGUACAUGGUGGCUGAAAACAUAGGAGUAACUGAGCAACUAGAAAGAAAAGUUGCAAAUGAAUGGUCAACUCUCGUAAUAAAACGCGAUCUGUUUUUCCUUUAUCAACAACAAAUAUUCGUAUUAUUGUUCAUCUGAACAAACCCUUGAUCCAGUCAGGGGUGGUUCACUGUUUUGGCACUGAGAGAGAGAGGGGGUGGGGGUGCUGUUAAGCGUAGCCUUCCGUAUUGUGCUGACUGUAUGUUGUGUGAGUGCUGCCAUGCUGAGUGACAGCAGACUUUUUCUGAAGAAUCCAAAACAGCGACUUACUCUAUUAUUUCUAUCAAGCUUUUGGGUGGCAUUUGGAGAUGGUUGGUCGUAUUGACUGAUUAAGUCAAUAAACAACACAUACGCCUGACCUGUGUGAUUCUGCAGACUGGAUUAUUAGUAUUACCUUAUUAGUACUAGGGCAGUUGUUUGGUGGCGGCGCUUGGUAUUGAACUGAACUGGAUUGACAAAUUUCAAAGGAGGGUGGAGAGAAGACUAUCCCUGCCUCUUCUAACCAGUGUAUUUUUUUUUAACUAGUAACACGUAAAACCAGACGCUGUGUAAUACAAACAUAUAUUACGAAAAACGCUCAAUUUGUUGCAAAAGUACUGGGAAACGAGCUGAGUAAAGUGGCCACACAGAGCUGAAGAACAGAACCCGACUGAUCAGAGAACCCAAGUGCGUGAGGCGCACGAGUCUGGGCUGCGUUUUAGAUUCUGUUUGGCGAGUUCUGAGCUGCGAGCUACGGCUGGUUGUUUAUUCCUGAAAUAACAAGACACGUAUUAAUAGUACAACUCCCGUCUCCCGGCGCUGCUCCUACUGUUGUAUGGCGUCACAGUGUGAUAUAGACUGUUGGUGUCCCGGCGCGUAACAACCCGUGUGCAUUUAUAAGUAAAUAAUCCAUUGAGCUAAUGUAGAGGAAGCUGAAAGGGGAAAGGCCACGGUCAUUUUCACUAACAUACAGCAAACCACAUGCUUGUCUACUUUUCACUCUGCUGGUUCACUAGGGGCAGCAGCUAGCCAGUCAGCGGUGGUGGUUGCAGUGUCAGCUUCGUUAUGUUUGUUUUCUUUUUUAAAUGAGAAGACGUUCUCGGGGAGGCUCAACAGCUUUUGAUUUCUUUGUAAAAAGAAAGAAAAACUUUUGAACAAAAAGAUCCUGUCAUUCCUGAAGGCCUGGUGCUGCUACAGUCCUGAUGUGAUUACAGCGUGAGCUACUGAUUUAUUUUAAUAUAGCCAGAGAUAGAAACAGAAAGGCAAUACAAACGUACUGUACACAGAAAUAUUUUGAAUCCUAUUUUUUUUUUCUAAAGCGAAGAUUUACGGGAUGUCCACAGAAGUUGAGCCUUCUGUUUUGCAAUCCUCUGAUCGUGUUGAUGAGGUGACUGCUGACUCCUCCGGCGGCGAUAGCAACCAAAACAAACCGCAGAUUGGGGACAAAGUUAGACAAAGCCUGCUACAGACACAUGGAGAAAAACAGGGUGAUAACAAAAGUGACACUGGAAACCAGGAACGAGUGGUUAUGGAAACCCAGAUAGAAAUCGUAAAUACAGAACAGGUAAACAAUAACAAAGGGAAUGACCAAAAUGACCCCGGCAUAAGCAAUCAAGAUACGGGAGAGAAACCAAAGAAAAAGAUUAUUGAAGCUCCUCUACCUAAAGUAAACCCUUGGACUCAGAAGAAAAAUAUGUCUCCAGCUAAUCACACUAUCAAUGUAAAUGACCAGGAAUCAGAACAACAGAGUUCAACCAAAGUCAUACGGGCAGGGAAGCCUAAAACAAGGAAACCUAGCAAGGCAAGUGACUUCAGUGAUAUCACAAACUGGCCCACACCUGGUGAAAUAGCAAACAAAGAGCAGCACCAGAACAUCAUCAAUACCCAGUCCAAGAAGACUUCUCCCAACAAGAACGAGAAGAAGAAGGAGAACCUGGAGAAGAAGGACAACAACAGUGAGAGCAAAGAGAACCACAAGGCCAGGAAGGAGUACAAAGAGGACCCGGCCAGCGAUGAGGACUCUCAGUCGGCCUCCAUGAAGAGGAAAGGUAACAAACAUAAAUGGGUACCACUACACCUAGAAGACUCAAGUCAGGAUGACCAGGAGAGACCCAGGUCCCGAAACAGCUCUCGCUCCGAAUCCAACAGGUCGCUGCACAAUAACAGAAGAAAUGAUUAUUCAAGGAGCUGGCGCCGGGACCGCAGAGAUGACCUGGACGAGGUGUCUAGUGUGCGAAGUGAAGGAGCCAAUGUGAGGGGAGGCUACCGGGGUAGAGGCAGGGGCCGCGGCAGAGGGAGAGGGCGUGGCAGAGACAACCCACACAUGCAUUAUGACCACUCAUACGGAUACCUGGAUCCCUACGCAAAAGGCCCUGACACACGGUACCAGACAGAGUACAGCACCAGUAUGAUGUAUUACUACGACGAUGGCACAGGAGUGCAGAUGUACACAGUGGAGGAAACCCUACUGAAAGAAUAUAUAAAAAAGCAAAUCGAGUACUACUUCAGCCUACAAAACCUUGAAAGGGACUUUUUCUUGAGGAGAAAAAUGGAUGACGAUGGAUUCCUGCCGAUUUCCUUGAUAGCCAGCUUCCACAGGGUGCAGGCACUUACGACAGACAUCGAUCUCAUCUUCAAGGCUCUGAAAGACAGCACUGAGGUGGAGAUUAUAGACCACAAGAUCCGGAGGAAAGUGAAUCCUGAGCUCUGGCCUAUACCAGGCCCUGCUCCCCGUGACGCCCCUCGAACUGACUUCUCCCAGCUAAUCAACUGCCCAGAGUUUAUACCACGACAGGCCUUCACCACGCAAACCACAGAGUCUGCACCCAGCUCUCCAAGAGCGAGCAUAAUCAGUCCAAAGAAGAACCAGGAACCCAGCAACCUGCAGACCAUGUCUAAAGGGCUGUCCACAAGUCUGCCUGACCUGGAGUCUGAGCCCUGGGUAGAAGUGAAGAAAAGGCACCGCCCUUCUCCAGCCAAACCAAAGGAUAUUGAUAAUGAUAUGCUCAGUAGUGGCCUCACCUGCCCUAAGGCCAACUUGGAAUCCCUUUUUACUGCAGAAAGUGCAGAGCCCCAGCCAGGUCCAAGCCCCAAGCUGAAGCAGACGCCCCCACAGGAGGCAGAGCAGGAGGAGCUGGACUUCAUGUUUGACGAGGAGAUGGAGCAGAUCACUGGCCGCAAAAACAACUUCACUGACUGGUCCGACGACGACUCGGACAACGAAAUCGAUGACCACGACGUCAACAAGAUCCUGAUUGUCACGCAGACCCCGCCCCACCUGCGCAAACACCCCGGGGGAGACCGCACUGGCAACCACGUCUCGCGGGCCAAAAUCACCAGCGACCUGGCCAAGGCCAUCAACGACGGCUUAUAUUACUACGAGCAGGACCUGUGGAUGGACGAAAGCGACACUGAAUAUACCACCAUAAAACAGGAGGUGGAGAACUUCAAGAAGCUGAAUCUGAUCAGCAAAGAGCAGUUUGACAAUCUGGCUCCUGAACCUGCAGUCGAUCCUGCCCAGGAAGUGCCGCCUGGCCCUCCCAAACCACAGCAAGGUUUCACAGAAGAGCUGGCUAACAAGCUGUUUGGAGCUCCAGAGCAACCAGUGUCCAGCAUCGCCCGGUCACUGCCAACAACUGUACCAGAGUCUCCCAUAGUGUACCCACCCAGAACCCCCAAAACACCCCGCACGCCCCGGAUGCAGGACCCCACCAAAACGCCAAGGUUCUACCCCGUUGUGAAAGAAGGGGGCAACAUCGAUGGAAAGACCCCCAGAAAGAGGAAGACUCGGCACAGCUCAAACCCACCACUGGAGUGCCACGUGGGCUGGGUCAUGGACUCCAAAGAACACAGGCCACGCACAUCAUCAGUCAGCAGUUCCAAUGCCUCACCGUCAGAAGGCACUCUGCUGGUUGACAGCCAUGGCUGCACGCCCCACUCUCUGCCCAAGUUCCAACAUCCUUCCCAUGAGCUUCUGAGAGAGAAUGGCUUCACACAACAAGUCUACCACAAAUACCGCAGAAGGUGCCUAAAUGAGAGAAAACGGUUGGGAAUCGGACAGUCUCAAGAAAUGAAUACCUUGUUUAGGUUUUGGUCAUUUUUCCUCCGAGAUCAUUUUAACAGGAAAAUGUAUGAGGAGUUUAAACAGUCAGCUUUGGAAGAUGCAAAGGAAAACUACAGGUAUGGCCUGGAGUGUCUCUUCCGCUUCUACAGCUAUGGUUUGGAAAAGAGAUUCAGGCCUGAUAUCUUUCAGGAUUUCCAGGAAGAAACGCUUAGAGACUAUGAAACUGGACAACUGUAUGGACUAGAGAAAUUCUGGGCGUUCCUAAAAUACUCUCAAGCCAAAAACCAGCCCAUCAACCCCAGGCUUCAGGAGCACCUGAGCAAGUUCAAGAGACUCGAGGACUUCAGAGUGGAUCCUCCAAUCGGAGAGGAGGCUGGUAGAAGGGGACGUCUCUCCUCCUCUUCUGCUGCAGAGGAAGGGGGGCGCCGGAGACACCCGUCCAACACCUCAUCCAGGCCAGCGACUGCUGCCAACCAGCCCCCCGUCUCACAGAACACAGGGCCCAAAGAGAACACUUCAGCUGGGAAUCCCAUUGACAACACUGCUGAGGACACUGACACAGCUGAGAAAUAAAGACUUCACCGGUGUUGCGCUGCCUGUUUAUAUAAAAUAACAGUAUUUAUCAGUCUAAGGAUCUUAUGAGGGUGUUAAACAAACAAAAACAACAGACAAACAUAACCUCUAUAUAUAUAUAUAUAAUAUAUUUUCAUCUUGUAAGAUCAUCUUGUAAUCUUACAGGAAACAUUUAUUAUAUAUAUAUAUAUAUAUAUAUAUAUAUAUAUAUAUAUAUAUAUAUAUACUUUUUUGCCUCACUGCAUCGUUUGUGAACCUCGUCUGUCUACAAAAAUGUCACCGGGGUCUCACAUUCUUUAACAUGUUUUAAUUUGGAUUCAUAGAAAUGAUUGGCCAAGGGUCUUCAAGAUCUUAUAGAACUAAAGGUUUACAACAAAAAAAAUGCAUUCCUGCAUUGUAUGCAAAAAGAGAAAAUAAUCUGGGAUGCCUUAAUCAAGGAGGAUUUCUUACUUCUUAAAGAAGACAAUGUACCAUAGUAGUGCUUCAAAUUCAACGUGCUCCUUUUUUAAACCUGUCAUGCCUGAUAUGAAAACCGGACAGUGUAGGUCUUUAAAGGGGGAGGGAGCAGGGUGAUGAAGGUCUAAUUGAUUUCUCGAAGUUGUAUUUAGUUCACAAUAGAAUCUGAGUUCUUCACAGUGUUAAGAUGAUUUUGUGAUGUGCUGGGUAUGAAGUGUACAAAGGUUGACACUCGUUGCAUUUGACAACUUGAGAGGUUACAGUUAUUGAAGGUUCAUUCAAAGUGGUGUUUGAGACAGGAAUGUCAAACAGAAAAGAGGAAUGUACGUCAAUAAUAAGUAGCCUGUUUUCUCUUGAAUCGUUAAUGAAAUCUUGCACUGCUACUUAAUAUAAUACAUACCGAGCUGCAUAUGCACUUGAAGCAUGUGGCUUAAAAGAAGUCUGAUUUCUCCUCUAUUCAAUACCUUAGUUUUACCUUCAUUUUAUGGUCUAGAGUUUCUUUAAAGACACAUACAAUUUAUUUGUAAUUAUUUUCAAAGUAUGUUAUGGGUGUACAUUAAUUUAGUAGGGUUUUGUUUUCAUUUUUUGUGGGUAAUUACUUUAAAAGGUUUUUGCUGAAAUUUAUUUUAAUCCUUUUUUUUCUUAAUUUAGAAUUCAUUUGGAAAGAAGUCACUAUUUAAAAAAACAUAUUCACUGGAAGUUGCUUUUGUAGAAUGUUUAGGUCUUCCUGGCUAUUCACUGGGAGACUGGAAAAGCCUGGGCAGGAACUAUUAUUUUUUUUUUAUUAGUUAGCAGUGUUCUAUCUGUAUAUCACACAUCCUAGAUAACUAUAUCCAUCUGCUCAAGUGUCAUUACAUAACAGCCCAAUGUAUAACCCAAGAUGCUCUCUAAAAGGCUCAAAUUGUAAAAUAUUUGGAUUGAAGAUUGUAUAUACCAGUAAUCAGUAUUUACUCAACAUUUAGACUUGGUGUGUGUGUGUGUGUAACUCGUGGUAAUUUUCCCCCCAAUUUUAUAAAAAUGCCUAUAAAAACAACAAAAUGAAUUGUAAAACGCCA